AUGGAAGAGCUCUCUAGAAAUUUGGAGUACAGACACUGGAACAAAUCCCUGGUUCCUCCCUAUAUCCCUUGGGUUGGGGCGUGCCCUUCUCUUCCUACCUUUGCCGAUGACCUUAUCAUCUUUUCUAGAGGUGACCACCACUCUUAUAAUGAGGUUAUGCAAGCUCUCGAGGCCCUUAAGCUUUCUUCUGGGUUAUGUGUUAACCCACAUAAAUCUCAUGCUAUCUCUUUGGGGGAACAAAGAGUUCCUCUCUCCUUCAUCAACAACUCUGACUGGCUGCAAGGUUCACUGCCUCUUCCUUAUUUGGAUGUUCCCUUCUUUGCGGGUAAUAUGCAGGAUAGCUUAUGUGACUCUCUAGUUUUGAAAGUGGAAAACAAGGUUGCGCUUUGGUCAGGGUGUCUUUGUUUGAUAAGGUAUGUUCUCUUAAGCCUCAUCGGCUACUGGUACUCCAUCUUUAUGCUCCUUAAGUCUAUUAAACAUAAACUUGAAGCUGCUAUGGCUAACUUCCUUUGGGGCAGCCUAGAAGCUAGGAAAGGUGUGCACUUGGUUGCCUGGAAUUCUCUCUGCCACCCGGUGUUGGAGGUGGGUGUUGGUUUAAAACGUCUUGAUGAUUGGAACAAAGCUUGUAUUGGUCGUAUCACGCUGCGCAUCUGCCAGGAUGAAGCCCCUUGGGCAAAUUUUAUCAGGAAGAAAUUUCUUGCUUUCCAAAGUCUCUGGACCUUAAAGUGCCCAAAAAAGGAGUCUUGGCUUUUUAAAGGUGUUAGAAAUAGCUGGAUUCAAAUCCAAGAUAAAGUCAGAUGGUCUAUUGGUAUUUGCUCCAUUCGGUUCUGGACGGAUAAUUGGGGUGGUUCUCUCCUAAUUUCUAAAUUGAAUCCUUUGGAAAGAUCUGCUUUUGAAUUUUCGCUGAAAUUAUCCAUUAAGCAGGUCCUUGAUUCUGACCUGCCUAUUCUUCAUGACUUCAACGAAUUUCUUUCUCGAGUGGGUAUGGAGAGACCUAACAUAGAAAUGCAGCAAGACCUCAUUCUUUGGCAAAACCCUCCUGCCUCCAACAUCAACACGUCUGAUGUGUGGGAGGUGGUGAGAAAGAAAUAUGUUGAGGAGCCUUGGAGGAAGCUGAUUUGGUCCCCUCAAUCUCAUCCUAAAGCGCAGUGGUAUGUUUUGUUGGCUAUUGUGAUUGUCUCCUUACUUUUGAUAGACAAAAGAAAAGUGGCAUUUAUUUAG